AUGAUUAAUUUCUGUAUGGCUGCCAAGGAAUACCAGAAAUUUGGAGCAUUAUCUACUGCAAUGAUCCUUGUGUGCAUCUUUCAUUUCAUUUAUGUUGCUGACUGUUUGUUUUAUGAGGUUAGUAUAUGCAAAAAUGGUUAAAUUCUAAAGUAACAUGGUGUUCACAGUACAUAUAAUUAUGAUGGAGCCACGUGGGAGGGCCUUUUUGAUAUUUUUAAUGGUGGAAAAAAAUUCCAGCUGCAUGAGCUUUUAUGUGGAAUGGAACAAUGGCAAAAAUAGGAAUGUUCAGUUACAUUGUUUCUAAAGUUAAUGUUGGGUCAUGAUCCAGAACAUCACAGGCCAAGAAGCCAAAGAAUUUAUUUCUCUUUAACUGGAAAGACUUAAGGUUCAGUCUGAGGGAAUGAGUUUUUAAAUUGACUAUUUACUUCUUACACUAAGUGUGCAAGGUUUUGAUACACUGUACCUACAUCUUACUGUAUGUUUGUUUUGAUAUUGAUGUUUUUAUGAUUGUCAUUUUUUUGUUUUAGUCCUCCAUCUUGAGCACAAUGGAUAUUAUCGAGGAAGGCUUUGGCUUCAUGUUGGCUUUUGGUGACAUAUCUUGGGUUCCUGUCCUUUAUUCCCUACAGGCACGCUAUCUCGUUGAUAAUACAAAUAAACUUCACUGGAUAACAACAGCUGCAAUCAUAGUUCUGUUUGGUAUGUCUGCCCUGUCUAUCUUGUAUACAUGUAUAUGAGCAGGGUUGUCACUAAGAUUUCAAGUUGCCUGAUAAAUACAACAAGUAGGUGGGGAUUCAAACAGCUAGGGCUUUCUUUUGAUUCUAUUUUUCUUCUAUUUUCCUUUGAAAGUAGCCGGGGCCCACAUUCAUAGUAGCCGAGGAAAAUCCCUGGCCCCUGCCUCUUAAUGACAGCCUUGCAUAUGAAACAAAAUGUUUUUCACUGAUGGUACUUUGAUACGUUUUAGUAACAAUUCUGUACUUAUAAAGUGUGUCUCCCCAAAAAUGUCUUGAAUUUUGGCCUUCCAAAACUUCAGUUUACAUCAGAUUCUCAUUCCCAAUUCUUUUCUCCAUACAUGUAGUUAUUGGAUAUGCCAUAUUCCGUGGCUCGAACUCUCAAAAGGACAGGUUCAGAACUGACCCUGACUCUGAGGAAUUUCAAGGUGAGCCAAAAACAUGCAAAUAUAAAUUCACUGUUGCAUUUAGGUGCAAACAUGGCGGUAUAAGAUACAAGCGUUGUUCUAAACAUUAUUUACAGCAGAUAAUUUGCAAGAGUUGUGCUACUAGUCAACAACCUUUAUUAUUACAUCCAAAUAAAAUUUUUUUAAUUUUUGUUUGCUAACGGAAAUAAAAGAAGGAAUUGUAACAUAAUGAAAAUUAUGUACUAUGAUAACAAGGAUGUCUAGGAGCUCAAUUAACAAACGUUUUUAUGCUAGUGCCUAGCUAUAAAAUGAUAAUUUUAAAACAUCGGUGACAUAGCAAAGAAAGGAAAAGACAAAACAAAAUAAGUAAAUAAAUAACACACACACUGUACAUAGAGAAAAGAACGAAUAUAGUCAACUUUCAAAUUGUCUGAUCAGUAGGUGCUGUUUUAGUAAGCGUUGGAAGGAGAAAUCUGGGAGGUCUUUCAAAUGAUGGCAGAGAUCUUAGCAAAGGUCAACAGCUAUAGAUUGGGUUCACUGUUUUCCUAUAUUCGUUCUUGUGCGUUAUUUAUACUUUUUGUACUUCAAAGGCAUAAUGAAGCCACAACUCCCCGAGAGCACUAUUGAANAGUUAUUGGAUAUGCCAUAUUCCGUGGCUCGAACUCUCAAAAGGACAGGUUCAGAACUGACCCUGACUCUGAGGAAUUUCAAGGUGAGCCAAAAACAUGCAAAUAUAAAUUCACUGUUGCAUUUAGGUGCAAACAUGGCGGUAUAAGAUACAAGCGUUGUUCUAAACAUUAUUUACAGCAGAUAAUUUGCAAGAGUUGUGCUACUAGUCAACAACCUUUAUUAUUACAUCCAAAUAAAAUUUUUUUAAUUUUUGUUUGCUAACGGAAAUAAAAGAAGGAAUUGUAACAUAAUGAAAAUUAUGUACUAUGAUAACAAGGAUGUCUAGGAGCUCAAUUAACAAACGUUUUUAUGCUAGUGCCUAGCUAUAAAAUGAUAAUUUUAAAACAUCGGUGACAUAGCAAAGAAAGGAAAAGACAAAACAAAAUAAGUAAAUAAAUAACACACACACUGUACAUAGAGAAAAGAACGAAUAUAGUCAACUUUCAAAUUGUCUGAUCAGUAGGUGCUGUUUUAGUAAGCGUUGGAAGGAGAAAUCUGGGAGGUCUUUCAAAUGAUGGCAGAGAUCUUAGCAAAGGUCAACAGCUAUAGAUUGGGUUCACUGUUUUCCUAUAUUCGUUCUUGUGCGUUAUUUAUACUUUUUGUACUUCAAAGGCAUAAUGAAGCCACAACUCCCCGAGAGCACUAUUGAAAAUCAUCUCCCCCCCUCCCUUCUCGAAUAAUCACGCCCUUUUUAUGGUUCUCAAUGACUUGAUAAGUUUGAUAUUUUCCUACAGAUGCAGAAACCAUCCUAACUUCAUCUGGUCGACGACUUCUGGCCUCAGGUUGGUGGGGCGUGGUACGGCACCCCAACUAUCUAGGUGACAUCAUCAUGGCAUUUGCCUGGACUUUACCCUGUGGUACGUCUUAGUCGAUCUUUUAAAAUAGUAUAUGUUACAUGUACGCCCUUGCGAAUAGCAAGUACCUGUUGAAUUACCAAAACGAAAACAGUGAUGGGGAAAUAAAUAAACAGAUAUACUGCUAGUUAAGUGUCAACUAGCCUGUGUAGCAGGCUAAGUGUCAAUCUCUCAUAUGGUUCCUUCUUUACUCAGGUUCUUCUAGUCUGAUUCCAUUCUUCUACCCGGUUUACUUGACAAUUUUGCUGGUCCAUCGUGAACUGAGGGAUGAAGCAAGUAACCGCCGCAAGUACGGAGCAAGCUGGGACGAAUACUGUCGACGGGUGCCCUACCGCAUUCUGCCCAAAGUAUUUUAG